AAGCACAUGCGCACUGAAUUAAUCACAGCCAUUUUCUCCCCCCCCCUCCUCCUCCUCCUCCUCUCUCGCAGGAAACUAAUUAGCAGGAAUAAAGAUCCAAAGAGUUUUUUUUCUUCCCCCCAAUCAUCAGAUCUCACUUUCACCUCUUCCUCGCGCGCCUCCAACUCCGGACUGCGGCUGCUUUGCAUCCAAAUUAUUUUUGAUAUCGCCUUGAACAACUAAUAGCUACCUACUUGCGCCCCUUUUUUUUUUUUUUUUUUUUUUUUUCCCUUUUUUCUUUUUCCCUUCCACCCAAGCACUCGGCAACAACAAUGAUCUUUCUUUUUUUUUCGGCCACCCCCGAGCGCAAAGUGACCGAAAGGGGACUCUUUUCGCCUUGAUGGGAUCUUUAGCUCCGUCGUCUCGCUACUGGAUUAAAAAGCGAACAUCACAAAGCGGCACAUUGCCUGGAUGCGAUGAACGCCUCAUGUAGGCAUCAGCAUGGACAGCUGUGAGUCUCCCGUGUUUUCUGGGACAGACGAUGGGCUCAGCUCCUCCCAGCAGCAGCAGCAACCUCCACAGCCCUGGAACAAUCACCCUAGCUUGCAGCUUCCGUGCACCAACCAGGCCCCUUCCCUGGACCCACUAUCUUUUUCAGCUCCUUAUCCUUCUCAACCCCAAAACCCUUGUGCUCUCCAUGACGAGGUGAGAGAACUACAUUCCCAGCAAUCCCACCCAAAACAAAUAUCAACCCAGGCUCACCGGGAUAGCCCUGCCACCGGUCAGCUUCGUUCCGAGAGAGAGGGCCGUGAGGGAGAGGAGCAAGACAGAUUGAGCUGUGGAGAAGAGGAAGAAUCAGAAGACUUGGAUGAAAUGGAAAUUGACAGCUGUUUCCCGAGUCUUCAACCCUUUCCAGGGGUGGUGAUGGCUCAAGGCGGAGGGGGCAUGCCCACUCUUUUGCGUCAUCAGCCCACUCAACAGCAAGGUGGGCCUGAGAGUGGAAGUGAGGAAGGAGAGGAGGAAGAGGAAGAGGAGAGUAGUGAUGUGGAGAACUUGGCUGGAGAGAUCGUCUAUCAACCAGACGGCUCAGCCUACAUUGUAGAGAGCCUCAGUCAGCUCAUCCAAAGCGGUGGGAACAUGGUUCCCGGCCUGCUUCCCACAAACUCUCUCACUAGCGGAGGAAAACCGGGGGAACCUGCUGGGACGGUAUCCUCGGUCUACCCACAGAUCAUCAACACGUUCCACAUAGCCUCGUCCUUUGGGAAGUGGUUUGGUAAUUCAGACCAAGGUUUCUCCAAUACCUCAUCCAUGGCAGGCCUCAGUCCUGUCCUGCACAGUUUUCGUGUCUUUGAUGUGCGGCACAAAAGUAACAAGGAUUACCUUAACAGUGAUGGGUCUGCCAAGAAGUCCUGUGUAUCCAAAGAUGUUCCUAACAAUGUGGAUUUCUCCAAAUUUGAUGGUUUAGCCCUGUAUGGCAAGGGUAAGCCAAUUCUCAUGUGUUUUCUCUGCAAGCUGUCCUUUGGUUAUGCGCGUUCCUUUGCCACCCAUGCUGUUCAUGACCACCGCAUGACGCUGUGUGAGGACGAACGGCGUCUAUUAGGGGACAACCAUGCAUCUGCUAUCAUCCAGGGGAUUGGGAAAGACAAAGAGCCCCUCAUCAGCUUCCUGGAACCAAAAAAUAAAAGCACUCCUGUGCCACCUCCCUUACUUCCUAUGAACUCUAGCCAGAGCUUUUACGGCACAUUUAGUGGUGUCCAUCUGGAGCCUGGAAGCAGCAGUGGAGGCAGCGAGGCCCUCCUGAACAAAGACUCUGACGCUAGCCUCCAGCAGCAACAGCAGCAAACCCCGCUAAGCUCGGUCUUGUCUCUUGGAAGGCUGGGCACUCCCAAAGCAUCCACUUUUUCCUCAACCCCAGGCUCUGCCAAAGACUCCAAUGCCCUGUCUUUACAUGGGGGGAGAACAGAGGAGCCUACUGGGAAGGAGUUGGCUUACAAGGGAAACAGUGGGGCCAGUGAGGGCCAAGGCAGUACGAAACACUUAUCUAGCCAGGUGGGGGGUUCAGAAGAAGAGGAAGGGGAACCAUUAUUAGGGGAAAAAGAUGAGGUGGAGGCAGAAGGCACAGUAGUGACCAGUGGUGUUAAUAGUAGCAGUGGUGGAGGUGAAGCAGGGGAACCAGCUAUCUCGAACCAAAGCAUUUCCAAAUCUCCUUUAUUAAUGCCUAGUAGCACUCUCCAACCUUCUGCCUGCACCCCUGCGGUCAGUUACACACAAAACAGCAAAUCCCCUGCUUCCAAUUCCUCCUGUGUCAAGGAGGAGGUUUCAGCCACAGAAGGUGGGGGGAGAACCUCAGAGCUCCCUCUGAGCUUUAACUGCCAGGGAACUAAUGUUCCCAUGGCAAUGGCAGCAGCCAAUGUCAGAAAGAGUGAGGAGGACACUGCUGGCACUUCUUCCUCACCUCUGUCCUCCAAUGCUGCUGCUGACGAAAGUGCCAAUCGAGAUAGUGCCACAGCUCCAGAACCAAAUGAUUGCCCGGCUGAGGAAGAGGAGGAAACUGGAUCCCUUCUGCAGCAACACGACAUGCACCACCAUCACCAUCACCUGCAUUCAUCAUCUCAUGGCCACAUGCAUCCCCAACCCGGAGGUUCCUGUGACAUAACAGGGGUGAAUGACUGUUCACAGAACCACGGGCCUGGCGGCAGUAUAGGGAGUGGGGUAGAAUGCCCCAAAUGUGACACCGUUCUAGGUUCCUCACGCUCUUUGGGAGGUCACAUGACCAUGAUGCAUUCGCGGAACUCAUGCAAGACACUCAAGUGUCCCAAAUGCAACUGGCAUUACAAAUAUCAACAGACUUUGGAGGCUCACAUGAAGGAAAAGCACCCAGAUUCUGGAGGCUCCUGUGUGUACUGCAGCAACGGUCAAAGUCAUCCUCGUCUUGCGCGUGGAGAAAGCUAUACAUGUGGAUACAAACCUUUCCGAUGUGAGGUGUGUAACUACUCAACCACCACUAAGGGGAACCUAAGCAUCCACAUGCAGUCGGAUAAACACCUAAACAACAUGCAGACACUGCAGAACGGAGGCUCUAUUGCAUCUGCGCAGGAGCAGGUCUUUGGACAUGGCCCGGGAGGCGUGGUGGCCGUGCCUUCUGUGACCCAGGCCAGUAGCCAUCACCCUGCCCACCACCACCCCACACAGUCCUCCGCCCAUGUAACAGGACCGUGUGGGGCCCCCUCACCGACCAAGCCAAAGAGCAAACCAACUUGGCGCUGUGAGGUCUGCGACUACGAAACCAACGUGGCACGGAACCUCCGUAUCCACAUGACCAGCGAGAAGCACAUGCACAACAUGAUGCUCCUCCAGCAGAACGUGACUCAGAUGCAACAUGGCCGGCUCGCGCUGGGAGCUAUGCCCUCGCCCUCUGAGGCUGAGCUCUACCAGUAUUACCUGACGCAGAAUAUGAGCCUGCCACCAGGCCUCAAGAUAGACCCAACAGGAGCUGAGGCCCAGUUCCUGAUGGGGGGCUUUCCUUUAGAUCCCAGUAUGGCUGCCUUGACCCCUGCACUUGUAGGUGGGGAGAUCCCGAUGGAUAUGCGCCUGGGCAGUGGCCAGUUGGUGUCAGAAGAGCUGAUGACCCUGGGAGAAAGUCUAUCACAAACUAGCGACCCUUCACUCAAACUAUUCCAGUGCGCCGUGUGCAACCGCUUCACCACUGACAACCUGGAUGUUCUCGGCAUGCACAUGGGCGGCGAGCGCAGCCUUCCUGAAGAGGAGUGGCGCGCCGUGGUGGGCGACUCUCACCAGUGCAAGUUGUGCCACUACACCACUCAACUCAAGGCCAAUUUCCAGCUCCACUGCAAGACGGACAAGCACGUUCAAAAGUACCAGCUCGUGGCCCAUAUCAAGGAGGGAGGCAAAGGCAACGAGUGGCGACUGAAAUGCGUGGCCAUUGGCAAUCCGGUGCAUCUGAAAUGCAACGCUUGCGACUACUACACGAACAGCUUGGAAAAGUUGCGGAUGCACACGGUCAAUUCCCGACACGAGGCGAGCCUCAAACUUUACAAGCAUCUGCAGCAGCACGAAAACGCGGUGGAGGGUGAUGCCUGCUACUACCACUGCGCGCUGUGCAACUACUCGACCAAGGCCAAGCUCAACCUGAUCCAGCAUGUGCGCUCCAUGAAGCACCAGCGCAGCGAGAGCCUCAGGAAGCUCCAGCGCCUGCAGAAGGGCCUGCCCGAGGACGACGAAGACCUCAGCUCCAUCUUCACCAUUCGCAAAUGUCCCUCUUCAGAUACAGGAGAGCUGAGUGAGGAUGUGGAGGCUGCUAGUGAGACCACCACAGACCAGGAGGACCAAACCAAAGACAGAGAAAGUGGGGGGGAGAAGGAGCUCACCAAAGGGACAGUGUCCGGCCAGUCAGAACAGCACCAGUCUGAUUCCCCGAUCCCUAGCAAAAGGCCCUCGUCACGGUCGGAGACCUCCGAGAGCCCGCUGUCCUCAAAGCGACCCCGGGCAGCUGAAAAGCAAGCUGCAGAGCAGAUGUACCAGUGCCCUUACUGCAAGUUCACCAACACGGACCUGAAUCGUCUCAGAAUGCACGUGAUGACGCAGCACUCUGUCCAGCCCAUGUUACGCUGCCCGCUGUGCCAGGACAUGCUCAACAACAAGAUCCACCUGCAGUUCCACCUCACGCACCUGCACAGUGUCGCGCCCGACUGUGUGGACAAGCUCAUCGCCACAGUAACAGCAACCGAUGUCCUACCAGCAAGCAUGUUCAUACCUGUUCCUGGUCCAGAAAAAGAGUCUCAGAAACCCUCUCAUGCUGUUGCCAACGCUGAAGAUACAACAAAACAAGCUGAUGCUUUUGAUGCUGACCUGGAGAAGGGAGUUUCACUUCCGACAGAAAUAGUUGAGGCUCGCAAGUCACCUCAAGAAGAUCAACAAACAGAGAAGGAUGAUGCGACUGGAUUUCUGUGCUGGAAGAAAGGCUGCAAUCAAGUGUUCAAAUCGUCAAACUCUCUCCAGGUGCACUUCAAUGAAGUUCACAACAAACGGCCUCAACUUCCUGUUUCUGAUCGCCAUGUCUACAAGUAUCGUUGUAACCAGUGCAGCUUGGCCUUCAAGACUGUGGAGAAGCUACAGCUCCAUUCCCAGUAUCAUGUGAUCCGAGCAGCCACUAUGUGCUGCCUCUGCCAGCGGAGCUUCAGGACAUUACAAGCCUUGAAGAAACAUUUGGAAACCAGCCACUUGGAGCUUAGUGAAGCUGAUAUCCAGCAGCUGUACGGGGGUUUAUUGAUGAAUGGUGACAUUAUGGUCAUGGGUGAUCCAGCUCUUGGUGAAGAACAUGGAGGUCUGGGAGAAGAUGACAAAGAGGGAGAUGACAGUGACCCAGAGGAAAAGCAAAGCCCAACAGGCAGUGACUCUGGCUCACUGCUGGAAGAUUCUGGCUCUGAACCAAAACGUGCUUUACCAUUCAGAAAGGGUCCCAACUUUACCAUGGAGAAAUUCUUAGAUCCAUCACGUCCAUUCAAGUGUACUGUCUGCAAAGAGUCGUUCACACAGAAGAAUAUUCUGCUGGUUCACUAUAACUCUGUCUCGCACCUGCACAAGGUGAAGAGAGCUCUUCAGGAGUCCACCACUGGUCAGCCAGAGCCUACGAGCAGCCCUGACAACAAGCCAUUCAAGUGUAGCACUUGUAAUGUGGCAUAUAGCCAGAGUUCCACUUUGGAGAUCCACAUGCGCUCCGUUCUACACCAAACAAAAGCAAGGGCAGCCAAACUUGAAGCUGCAGGAGGCAUAACAAGCUCUACAAGUGCUCCUGGUGGGGGAGGUACAAUCAUCAGCACUUCAACAGCAAGUCCAGGCCCAGCAAGCAACUCAACAACAAACUCUACCAACCAUGGCUCGUCUGGGUCUCAAACAGUUCAGAGUAUUCUUGGUGGAAACCACACCUCCCAGAGUCAUAGCCAUGAAACUAGCAGCUCAGUCAGCAGCCAAUCCUCACCAUCAGAGAGGAAUGAGGUCAAAAAGGCUAAAUAUGCAGAUAUGCUGUCUACACAGCUUCAGCAACAACAGCAAUUAGCUCACGCUCAAGCCCAAGCUCAGCUUCAGCAAGAGCUCCAGCAGCAGGCAGCUCUUCUACAAUCCCAGCUCUUUAACCCAGCACUUCUACAGCACUUCCCUAUGACAACUGAUGCACUUCUCCCCUUACAGCAGCAGCAGUUGCUGUUUCCCUUCUACAUUCCUGGAGCAGAAUUUCAGCUAAACCCAGAGAUCAACAUCAGUAAUUCAGCACUUGGCCUAACAGGAGCAACCACCUCCUCGCUCCUCGAAGAUCUCAAGAACUCAGCCCAACAGAGCUGUUUGCAGCAGCAACUGAUGCAUCACCACCUUCAGCAGCAGCAGCAACAGCAACAGCAGCAGCAGCCUCACUCACAGGCACAGGGUCAGAUGGCAUUGCUGCAACAGAGUGCUUCUCUCCACCAGCAGGUUGAAAGAAAGCAGAAGCCUCCCUCGCAAAAUGACAAAGAUAUUCAACGAGACAAAGAUGCAACUGAAAAAAAUGAGGAUGUCAACAAAGAUUCACUGGACAAACUAAAGGAAAGGAAGGACAUUCAACACAUUUCAAACAGUAUUAACCAUGACUCUGGGUUACUUCCGCCAAGAAUUGCUUCAGAUGCUCGUGGAAACGCAACCAAAGCCCUGUUGGAAAAUUUUGGGUUCGAGUUAGUGAUUCAGUACAAUGAAAAUAAACAAAAAGCCCAGAAAAGGGGAACUGGGCUGACAGGAUCAAGUGGACCAGGUGGGAUCACAAGAGUGGUGGAUCCCAUUGAGGGAUUGGAGAAACUGGAAUGUGAAGCCUGUGGCAAAUUGUUUUCAAAUAUACUGAUUCUAAAGAGCCACCAGGAGCAUAUCCACCAGGCGUUCUUCCCAUUUCGAUCCCUUGAGAGAUUUGCCAAGGAAUACAGAGACAAUUAUGAUAAACUAUAUCCUCUGAGACCCCCUACACCAGAGGCUGCUCCACCUCCUCCACCUCCUCCCCCACCCCCUCCACCCCAAAGAGCUCCUACCCCAAAUAUUCCUGUGUCUGCAGCCUCACUUACACCUCCAACUGCACCUACUCCACAGCCUCCAGUUCCAAUGUCACAAAUUCCCAUGCCAAUGGAUUUGCCAAUCUUCUCGCCGCUAAUGAUGCAGCCCAUGUCGCUCCAGUCUUUGCCCAGCCAGCUGACUUCUCAGCUACCAUCUGUUGAACCCGGCCUGGCCUCAGACUUGGCACAGCUCUACCAACAACAGCUCACCCCAGCCAUGCUACAGCAGCAACAGAACAAGAGGCCACGGACACGAAUCACAGAUGACCAGCUUCGGGUCCUGCGACAGUACUUUGAUAUAAACAAUUCACCUAAUGAAGAACAGAUUAAAGAGAUGGCAGAUAAAUCAGGACUGCAGCAAAAAGUCAUAAAGCACUGGUUCAGAAAUACGCUUUUCAAAGAGAGACAACGCAACAAAGACUCACCAUACAACUUCAAUAAUCCACCAACCACAACACUUGAAGAUACUAAAAUUGACUCAAAACCGCCUUCCCCUGAACCACAAAAGCAAGACUACUAUGGAAGUAAGAGAUCUUCUAGAACUAGGUUUACAGACUACCAGCUACGAAUCUUACAAGAUUUCUUUGAUGCUAAUGCUUAUCCAAAGGACGAUGAGUUUGAACAGCUUUCCAACCUUCUGAGCCUCCCCACUCGUGUCAUUGUUGUUUGGUUUCAAAAUGCUCGCCAGAAGGCAAGGAAGAAUUAUGAAAAUCAGAGUGAUGGGGUAAAAGAUGGCGAGAGGCGAGAACUGUCAAAUGAUCGGUAUAUUCGCACCUCAAACUUGAACUACCAGUGCAAAAAAUGCAACUUGGUUUUCCAGAGAAUAUUUGAUCUCAUAAAACAUCAAAAGAAGUUGUGCUACAAAGAUGAAGAUGAGGAUGGACAAUACGACAGCCACAAUGAGGAUUCCCUUGAUCUUUCUAAUGAAUGUUAUACUCCCUCUGGUUCUUCUUGCCACACCCCAAUGCCCUCCUCUUCAAGUCUCUGUCCACUUCCACCUUCGACUUCAGCAUUCUCACAUCUCUCUUCAGCUGAUAAGGAGGAGGCGUCACCAGUAACCAUCUCAAACCUCCAUGAGGAAAAGUCAAAAGAGCUUCCAGACAUUUCAGCUGAUCCCCCAAAUAAGACCUCUAUUAAGCAGGAAAAUGUACCCCAACCCCAAUCAGAGUCACAAAAGCAUAGACAUCCAAGAGAAGAUACUAUUCAAGCUAUUUCCAAGCCCAACAAACAUUCCUCACCUUCCUUCACUCAGCAGCAACUGCAGUGUGGUCCAUCAGCUUCUCAGACAAGCCAGGCCCCCUCUCAAAGCUCUCACAUGAGCCACAAUCCACACAUGAGUUCUGCUACACAACAAAUGGCACAGCAGAUCAUCCCAUAUCAGUGUGAUCAGUGCAAGAUUGGCUUCCCCUCCUUUGAGCACUGGCAGGAGCACCAGCAAUUACACUUCCUCUCUGUGCAGAAUCAGUUCAUCCACCCACAAUUCAUUGACCGCUCAAUGGACAUACCUUUCAUGCUAUUUGACCCGAGCAAUCCUCUCCUGGCAGGUCAGUUACUCUCUGGGGCGAUGCCCCAGAUCCCCAGCAGCUCUGCCACUUCUCCAUCCACCCCCACAUCCACAAUGAACUCCCUGAAGAGGAAAUUAGAGGAGAAAGCUGGCACUAGCCCGGGAGAGAAUGACAGCACAAACAGUGAGGAGCCACAUAGAGACAAGCGGCUUAGAACCACCAUCACACCUGAGCAACUAGAGAUUCUUUAUCAGAAAUAUCUAUUGGAUUCUAAUCCUACACGUAAGAUGCUUGACCACAUUGCUCAUGAGGUGGGGCUGAAGAAGAGAGUAGUGCAAGUCUGGUUUCAAAAUACCAGAGCCAGGGAGAGAAAAGGCCAGUUCAGGGCAGUGGGGCCAGCUCAAGCUCAUCGGCGAUGCCCCUUUUGCAGAGCUCUUUUUAAAGCAAAAACUGCCCUCGAGGCACACAUUCGCUCUCGUCAUUGGCACGAGGCCAAACGUGCCGGCUAUAAUUUAACCCUCUCUGGUAUGUUACCUGACCAUGAGGGCAUUCAAAUUAAGUUGGAUGCCUUGGAGACAUCAAGCUAUUCCCAAAUGAUGUCUGCAAACCUGGAUGGACAAAGCUCCUCCAUGUCUCCUGUCAAUAGAGGAAUGGAUUUGUCUCCCAGGGCUCUACUGAGUCCUUCGUCAAUUAAAGUUGAAGGAAUGGAGGAUUUUGAGAACUCGGCCAUGUCUGCUGUGAACCUCACCUUUGAUCAAAACAAACUGGAUAAUGACGACUGUUCGUCUGUUAAUACGGCCAUCACAGAUACAACUACAGGUGAUGAGGCUAAUGCUGAUAAUGACAGUGCCGAUGCAAAACACAGCCAGAGUAGUAGUGAUUACCUGGCUAAGCCUGGGAGCACUGUCCCCAUCCUUGAAAAUGAUGACCAGAUGUCCUCAGGGCUUGUAAGCCCUGCUACAAGCUAUUAUGCUAAGGACUAUGAAAAUGAACACAUAAUUGACCACAGUGAGACAUCCAGCCUGGCGGAUCCUUGCUCGCCAAGUCCUGGAGCUUCAGGCACCAGGAGCAUUGACAGCGGUGAUCGUCCUGGUCAAAAGCGCUUCCGAACUCAGAUGACAAACCUCCAGCUUAAACUAUUGAAAUCCUGUUUUAAUGACUACAGGACUCCCACAAUGCUGGAAUGUGAGGUACUUGGCAAUGAUAUUGGACUUCCAAAGAGAGUGGUUCAGGUGUGGUUUCAAAAUGCCCGUGCCAAAGAGAAAAAGGCAAAGCUCAACAUGGCCAAGCACUUCGGAAUUAAUCAGACAUCCUAUGAGGGGCCGAAGACUGAAUGCACUUUGUGUAGUGUCAAGUACAGUGCCCGCCUCUCCGUUCGCGAUCACAUAUUCUCCCAGCAGCACAUCUCCAAGGUGAAGGAUACCAUUGGGAGCCAGAUUGACAAGGAAAAGGAAUACUUUGACCCAGCGACCGUCCGUCAACUUAUGGCUCAGCAAGAGAUGGACCGCAUUAAGAAGGCCAAUGAAGUUUUAGGAUUGGCGCAGCAGCAGGCCAUGCAGCAACAGGGAAUGUUUGAUAACCCUGCGAUGCAGGCGCUGAAUCUUCAGUCAGCCUAUUCCAAUCUACAAGGCAUUCCACCUGUCCUCUUGCCAGGGGUUGGGAGCCCCUCUCUUUCCAGCUUUAACUCAUCUAAUUCAGCUUUAACUCCUCCCAAACCUUCAAACCUGCUGAACAUGCCUGGUGCCGGUGUUCCCUCGCCAAGCCUGCCCACAUCCGGAUUGCCCAACAAGCCUCCCUCUUCAUCGUCGCUGUCCACGUCGAGCACAGCACAGACAAACACAUCUGCUUCGCACUCAAGCCCCACAUCUACAUCCAACUCCACUUCCUCAAGCACCCCGUCCGUCUCCCGGUCUGAACACCCCAAAGAGCGUGACGUUGAGAGGUUAAGAGAAAAGGAAAAGCCCAGGGAAAAGACCGAGAAGCCCUCAACCCCAUCAUCAACUGGAAGCACCCCUGCCCCUUCAACGUCUGCUGCCAGCGCCAAGAAGGAAAAGCCAGACCCAGCUGUUCCUGCCACCUCUAUGCCUACGCCUGGUAUGGAGUAUGUGGUAGACCCUGCCCAGCUUCAGGCCCUGCAGGCUGCCUUGGCUUCAGACCCUACAGCUCUUCUCACAAACCAGUUCCUGCCCUACUUCAUGCCUGGCUUUUCCCCGUACUACACCCCACAGAUCCCUGGUGCUCUCCAAGGUGGUUACCUGCAACCAAUGUACGGUAUGGAAAGUCUCUUCCCCUACAACCCUGCAUUGUCACAAGCACUGAUGGGCCUGUCUCCAGGGUCCCUGCUGCAGCAUUACCAGCAAUAUCAGCAGAGCUUGCAGGAAGCACUACAGCAGCAGCAGCGGCAGCUUCAGCAGAUCCAGCAACCCAAGGCAAGCCAAACUCAAGCUCCCCCUAAAUCCUCGGGGGAUCGGAAAGAAUCUGCCAAAGAGUCAGUGAAAACGGAGGAGCAAAAGGGCAACCACCACAGUGCAUCUCCCACCACACCUUCCACCUCCUCCACUCAUAACAAAGUAUGCGCCAAGCAGAAGGAGUUGGAUGGCAAAGCAGUGGACCCCCACUUAGACCAGUUCAUCGUGCCCAAGGUGCAGUAUAAACUGGCAUGCCGGAAGUGUCAAACAGUUUUCACCAAGGAAGAAGCGGCUAUUACCCACCUCAAGUCUAACUGUUUUUUUGGUCAGUCUGUGGCAAACCUGCAAGAGAUGUUGCUGCGUGUCCCCAGCGACGUAGGUGCAGGGGCUGGAAGUCUCUACGACUGCCUGGCUUGCGACACUGCGUUGGAUGGGGAAAAAGCGCUCAGUCAACAUCUGGAAUCAGCUUUGCACAAACACAGAACAAUCAAGCGAACAGCCAGAAAUGCCAAAGAGCACGCUACUAGUUUAUUACCUCACUCUUCAGCCUGCUUCCCCAAUCCUAACACCACAUCUACCUCGCAGCCUGCCACUCAUCCCAUCAGCAGCCCCACUCCGCCGCCAACGACAUCAGCCACCAUGCCGUCAUCUGCCGUGUCCACCGCCCUUUGCUCCUCCUCCUCCAAUACCCAACUCCACGCCACAGCCGCCGGCAAACCCUGGCCCCAGGCCCCUUUCUCCAGAGCUUUAGUCGGGAAGCCCAAUGCCAGUCCCUCCUAUGCGUCCUCCCUGUUCCCUCCCGUGUCCUCACCCUCAACGGUUACCUCAAGUUCAUUGAGCACCUCAGGAGUUCAGACCUCGAUACCAACAGACGUCUUUACCGACGAGUCCGACUCUGACAGCAGUCACAAGUCGGCAGACAGACUGGGCAGGACGGCAGACGAGCCGCAGCAACCUGGCUUUGUCAAAGAUAGUAGUACUUGUAGUAGUAAUCUCGCUAGUGUAGGAACAGACUCCAUCAGAUUGUAAAAGAGCUUUCAGUGAUGGACAAUGUUUAAAAAAAAAAAUAAUACAAAAAUGAAAAAAAAAAAAACACAAAUGGAAAAAACAGAAAAAGCAGCAAUGUUAAAUACGUUAAAGGUAUACAAACCAAUUUCAGAAAAAAAAGAUGGAAAGACUUACUGCAAUUCCAAAGCUUGUAACCAAAAACUUUGUUAGUGGAUUGUUUUCCCAUAUCAACAUGCUGGUUUCAAUUUUGGUUUUGUUUUGCUCAACUGAAACACAUGCAUAUUGAUAAUAUAUGAGAAGAGAAAUGAUUGAUCCAGAGAAAAGCUGACAAAUGGCCCAAGAAACCCUUUGAAAAAUUCUCAGUCAAGCCUUUUGUUUCGUAAUAAUUUAUAUUUAAUAGCACACUCACAAAAAGCCAGUAUGUACUGUAUGGGAGAAUAGUCCGGUCCAUGUUCUCGCUAUUUAAGCAUUCAGAUACCAAUGGCUUGCAAAAGUAAAAAUAAUAAUGUAUUGUCUAUUUUAUUCUCAGGUCAAUGGCUCACAAAUGUUUUGUUCUGUUACACAAGUCCAUGCGUUACACAUUUGCUUUCUUCAUAUCUUGAGUUACUUACCACAACCUUUUAAUUGGAGUGAAAUUUGAUACGGCCUUUUUUUCUGGGCAUUAAGAUGGCAGUUAAUUGGCUAGAUGGAGGAGAAUUGUUAUCCAUUCACAACAAGACAAAGAGAGCAUUGCAGACAUAAGAAUGGGCCGUGAAGAAUUUAGAUUAAAAGGAAAAGGAAAAAAAAAACACCCCACUGUAUUUAUAAUAGUUCCGAAUAUUUUUGGUGUUAUGUAGAUUGUUGGAUUGGAAAUGACAUUAAGCAGUAUGGUAGCCUGAAGAAGAAGAAAAAAACAACUUUUGUGUACAUUUAGCUUUUUGUAUUGUCAAACUUUAAGACACUUCAUUUGAUGUUGUCUGGAUCAUUCCGAUAGAUUAGAUGAUGGGCAGGUAAUUUAUCCAAAUGAUAUUUCUUAUUCUCAACCUUCUUGGGAGAUAUUCAUGCAGAUUCCCCUCCUGACAAGGCAGGAACCGCUUUAAGCAUUAUUUAAAACCUAAGGGUCAGUUGGUACUGCAUCAACUGGAUGAAAACAUAUUGUGGGUGAAAUAUUGAAAUUGAAAUUUGAUUUUUUUUUUUUUUUUUUGUUACCUUCGUGCACUUAUUACUGUCUGACUCCCAUUUCCCACUCUACGUGUUCUUCUCUUCGCACUUAUUUCCCUCGGCUGUCCUGUAUUUGUAGAUGCAAUGCAGGUCCUCUGUUGUCCAUGUAGUGUGGCUACACUUUUUUUUUUUUUUUUUUUUUUUUGUCAUUCAUGAAAAUGAAAAAAAAAAGAAUAAGAAUAAUAAUUCUCACGCUUUAAGACAAAAAGAAAAUCCAAAGACUGAACACUUUUCACCGUUGGUGCAUAAAGAUGAGAAAGGAGGCUUCUUUAUACUUGAUAAUUUGUUGCUGUUUUUAAAGGAGAGAAGAAAGUUUUAAAAAGAUAAAGGAGUUCGCAUCAGAGUUGCCGUUUUUGCUUCCUUGCAAGCAAAGUGGUGGCUUUUUGACGUAAAUACCAAAAACCAAAAAGGGCCCUCGUCCUUGCAUUGUGGAGUAGCACCGUUACAGAGCCAUUGCAGUUUGUAAGAUAGAGAGUUAUCAAUCUUUGUUUGAAUUUUGACACGUUCAAAUGUCCGGUUUUUUUUUUUUUUUUUUUUUUUUAAUUUAUUAUUAUUAUUUUUUUAAAGAUCAUGUAAUAGGUCUGGUCUUCAAGGACAUACAUUUUGCUGCUAAUGUAGAAUUUUGAAAGGAAAAAAAAAAGUACCUAGAUGCAUGCUCAUUUUGCUUUUUGGCGAAGUUUUAACAAAAACAAACAAUAAACCAAUUUCUUGCCUCUGCAACACCUUUUUUGUUUCUUGUUGCAAAAACGGAACUUUGAAGACUGUGAAUAUGUAUGUUCCAAAGGACAUUUUGCUGAUUUUUCGUUUUUGGACAGACCAAUGUUUUGAAGCCAAUGAUCUAUGACAUUUGUGAAGAACAGUGCAUUCCAAAUACCGCAAUGUUUUUUACUUUCUAUCUUUCUUUCUUAAGAAGCAAGGACUGAUCUUUUGUCAUUAGAAUUCUUUUAAGUGUCAUAAUCUAUUAUCACUCAGAUUUUCCACUGUUGUGUACAUUUUUACUGAACAAAGUGAUCUCCAAAGAUCAGUUUGUGCAGGCGUGGAACACUCCAUCCAGUCGAGGUUGUUGCUCACUUGUUAAGCAAGUAAUGGUGGUUACCAAAAAGUGUAUAUAAUACAUCUGGUACUGAUGUGUCUCCUAGGUUUUAAUCAUAGUUUUUGCCAGUCAACAUAAAACUAGUUUCAAAGGCGAAUGAUAGCUUUUUAACUGAGGUGUGAUCCCCCCUUGCAGGGAAAUCCAGCAAUGACUUUGUCCCGUGUGUAAGCAGGGUGCCACUUUUACGCAUAGAUUACAGGUCUUAAGGGGCAUCUUCAUUCCAAAGCAUUAUUUCUGGUUGCUAGGAGGUUAUUUUUUAUUUUAAUUUGUUUUAUUUUUAUUUUUAUUUUUUUGGCUGUCCCUGGUUCAAACGGCUAGGAGGCGUUCAUGUCCCAAAGAAGCCACCUGCUUCAUCGUAUUGCAAUGGAAAUUGAUGUGCAUAGGUACCCUCACCCUUUCACUGAUAACCAACUAAAAAUGUAUAUUUUUGCAACCGAAACCAAGACUUAUUUAAAUUUGUGAAGAACUUCUUUUUGACCAAUAUUGUACAGCCAAUUUAUAUAGAUAUAUGUCUACGCCCCAAUAAUCUCUAAUGCCUUUUGGUGUUGAUACCAUAGCAUGUUGUUAAGAUCAAAGAAUGACUCUGCAAGCUCGCCACUUCUCGAAAGUUCAGUCUCCCUGAAAUUGGGUACUUUUUUGUUCAUUAGUUUAUAUUGUUUUUUCCCCUUUAAAUAUAUUUUAAUUUCCCUAUAAUGUCAAACAUAUAUUUUAAUUUUCUUAUAUUUUUUAUGUUAUUGUGGUUUCUGUGUAUUAUUUUUUAUCAUAAAUUAACACAAGCUUUGGAUUCUUUAAAAUUAGGAAACAAAUACAAAAAUAUGUCCUGGUCACUUUAUUGAGUUUUUUUGUUUGUUUGUUUGUUUGUUUUAAAUAUAUUUGUUUUAAUGAUAGUUCCAAUGUACGUUAUUUCCAAAGUUCAAGUGUAAUCAUUUUGGCUCUCUUGCACCAGAUGCACCACGGCCUGCAUGUGAGUUCGUAUGUGCGUGGAUGCGUGUGUCUGAGAGUUUGUGUGUGUGUGCGCGCACGCAUGUUUCAUAGCAGCCAAUUAAUUUCCCCCUUUGUUUUUUUGUGUUACACAUCAAAACAAACUGAACCGCAAUUCGGAGUAAUUGAGAAAAUGAAAUGAUCAAAGUGACUGUGAUAGCUUUUACUUUGCCUGAUCAUGUGAACGUGGCCAAAGCUUCAUGCAGUUCAAAAAGGAUAAUUUUUACACAUUCCCCCUUAAAAAUAAAUAAAUAAAUACAAAAUUUAAGUGUAUAUUUUAUCAAAAUGUUACUGUGGAUUAUCUGUCUCCACAAAAACCUACAUUGGGAUACUUGAUGGCAAUUCUCAAAGUGACAAGGUUAUGCUAUAGAGGUAAUCUUUGCCCACUGUGAAAAGGAGCGUGUACCUGUAUACAGAUAUAGAUAUAUUUAAAACAAAACAUCACUUCUUGUUUGUUUGUUUCUGAGAUGAAGAAGGACUGAAAAGAAAAACAGACUCUGGGACGCUUUGGAGUUCUUGUCAGGAGGACACGAGAGGCUGUGGGCACACCAAAACUGGGCGCGGGAGCUGAGGGCAGGCUCCAAAACAGCUUUAAAAAAAACAAAAACAUUUUUUUUUUAAACAUCUCCUUAUCUGAUUAGUGACAAUGAGAAUGGACUCUGGAACUGACGGACAUGUGACAGACAGAGAGAGAGAACUGAAUCUUGACUCCAGCUGCUCUUUCCUCCUUUCUUUCUCCCCAUCUGCCUCCGUUUCUGCCCCUCUGAUGGACGUUUCCCAAAUUUCAGGACAGGACGGACGGAGACGCUGGCCUCUUUCCCCUCCUUCACGUUGCUACCUGUCUCCCUUUUCCCCUCCGCUUGUCUUCGCUAGGACAAGUAAAGCUCUCAAAGUCGCGGCAGCUCGCCCCUCUCUCUGAUGGUUAUGUCAAAAAAAAAAAAAAAAAGAAAAAAAAGAGAAAUGAACGCCAGAGAGCAGGGUGGGGUUCUCCAUACUGUCAUUUUUGAAAAAGAGGCAGUUGUACACUUAAAGAAAAGCGUAUUAACCAAAAUCAACAACCAAACUAACAACCAAACAACCAAUUGCUCCAACUUCAAAGAUGAACUGUUACUUGGGGCGAUCUGUUCCUUUUGUGACUUCUGGUGCCACAAUUUUUGGUUUUGUUUUGUUUUUUAAACCUUUGAGACUGUUUUUUUUUGUUUUUGUUUUUUUUUUCCGUUUCCUUCAAUGACUCCUCGUUCGAGCCUCAUAAGCAUGGCUCUGGGGCUCCAAGCAGCCCAGCUGAGGGUAGAAAAAAAAAACAGCCUUGCAAUGUACAAAAAAGAGCAAGUUAAACCAAAAAUGUUGUUCUUGAUGUCUUUUCUAUACUGUAGUCUUGUUAGCUUUUUUGUUACUGUAAUUAUAUGAUGAAGAUUUCCAGACUGUACCAAAUGACAUGGAAACUGACAUACAUACAAACCACAUGGAACUUCUGACUUUUAAAGAAACUUUUGUCACAAAACCUUGUUGUCCUAGUUAAGUUGAUUGUAGAUGUUAAUUGAAUAUACUCCUUUGAAAAUAUUUCAUCAAGUAUGUUUCUUGCUCAUUGUGAUACAUUAAAAUAAGUAUGAGCAUAGAC